UUUCAGUAAACAAGGAAGACGGACAGGUAUAGUGGCAUUUGAAGCUCACGCAAUACCUCUCCGAUCAACUGACUUUGCCACCGUUAGUAAGGACAUUUAAGUAUGGCAGGACCUCAGAGUGGAGAGUUGCACCACUUUAAUAAGACUGGUGUGGGGACACCGGGACACCAGCACCAUCUUCACCAUCACCAUCAUCACCACCAUCACCAGCCACACCAUCACCAUUUGAUGCACCAUGACAACAUCAGCGAUUCCACAGAACAGCUUGUGCCCACAGACGACAUUGACCUUGAUGCAUUAAUCAAUGACCUCCAUGCAAGCUGUGUAACUAACGUACCAAAUACUGGCAGUAAAUCUGAGGACCACGGCCCCAGUGACCUGUGGCCAGCCCCGCCCCCUCCCCUUCCAGGGGCCAAUCAUGAGGAGGGCGGACGCAGAAACAUGCCUCUGCCACCGCCACCUUCCUCUGUGGCAUUUCAUAAUGUGGGAUUCCACAGUGAGCAUGGGAACCAAGGCAUUAAGAGACACAUGUCCCUGCCCAUCAAGGAGCGGACAGUGAACCCUUUCCCUGAACUCGUGGAGAGCCCCGUGCUGCCAAGCAGUGCGUACAUAAACAACGUAAUUUCUGGGUCAUCGCCACGUUCGGGAAUGGAAUCGCCAUUACUUGGCGGGUCAUCACAGUCGUCCUCGCGAAGCAUGACACCUCCCCAUCACAAAAACUCUGAGAUGGAGACAGAAUGGAGAGGGCAGCUUCUUAGGACUGCAUCAGAGAGGUUGGCAGGGAAGGCAGUGCAAAGAAAGGUAUUACUGAAUAUUUAUAACCAAGACAGCAGCUACAAGACAGUCCCUAUCAAUGAGUACAGUAACGUCUGGGACCUCUGCUACUUACUGGUGAUGAAGAAUCAUGCAAUGGAGGACAAAAACUGGAUGUUGGUGGAGCACCUUACCAAACUAAAUCUGGAAAGAGGACUGGAGGACCAUGAGCUCAUAUUGCCAUUGUAUGACCAGUGGAAGAAUAACGAGAACAACAAAUUUUACUUCAGGAAAGAUUUCAGAAAAUAUGACCUAUUUCAAAACCCUGCUCAAUAUUACCCUGACCACUUGGUGGACACAGAAGAGGACUUAGUGGGGAUAAGUAAAAAAGCCGAAAUACAGAAAAAAAUGCUGCUACAGAAUUUAUUCAGUGAGUCGGAUAGAGUUCCAGAUAUGCAAGGGUUUCUCCAUGUCAAAGACGCGGGUAAGAAGUCUUGGAAGAAGAUGUUUUUCCUUCUCCGAGGUUCGGGACUGUAUUAUUCCACAAAAGGAACAUCAAAGGAUCCCCGACACCUUGUAACUUUCUCCCAGCUCACAGAUUGCAAUGUUUACUUGUGUUUAAGUGCCAAAAAAACUUUUCAUGCACCGACAGAUUUUGCCUUUUGUUUAAAGCCUUCAGAAGAUGUAGAAGAUCCCAAAGAUUUGAAGUGUUUGUGUGCUGAGGACGAAAAAAGUCGAAUAAGAUGGGUUGCAGGGUUACGCUUUGUUAAGUUUGGGUCCAAAUUACGUGAAAACUAUAAAACAGCCAUGAGACGAGAAGAAAAAGCUAAACUAGCAGAGAACGGCCAUGGGCUCCCCGGGCAGAAAAAUGAUGUGAAGUCGCGGGUGGCCAUGGACUUCACUGGACAUAAAGGUCGCGUGAUAGAUGACCCCAAUGAGGCCAUAGGAGUGGCCAUAGAAGAGGGACAGCAUUGGAGGCGGAAAAUUGCUCGCCCAAGCAGCUCACCUCGUAUGCCCUGUACCCCAGUCACAGCAUCGAGUCCAACAGCGUUCCAUCACCACGCCUUUGUACGAACCGGUUCCAGUCCCCCCUCAGAUACAAUGCAUAACCAGACUAAGACGGUGUCAUAUGGUAUAACGUCUGGGGUACACAUGACACAACCUUGGUUUCACAGUGGCGUCACCAGAGACGAGGCUGUGGCAGCCAUCAUGAAACAUGGCUGCAUUGAUGGGGUGUAUUUAGUUCGAGAAAGUCACAAAAUUCCGGGCGUGUAUGUCCUGUCUUUUGCACACAAUCAAAAAGUGCGUCACUAUCAAAUUUCACCGUUGGAACACGAGGGGCAGCUGUAUUAUACUUUAGAUGAGGGAAGAACAAAAUUCUUGGACUUAAUUCAACUGGUGGAGUUUUAUAAAGUGAAUGCUGCCGGUCUUCCUACACCGUUGACUCAUUAUGUUACUGAGCUGGUAUAGAACACAAUUGAUAACGUCUUCUCUAACACAAUCGCCCAGAGCAUUGUGACCAAUUUCUAUAGGACACUUAUUUUAUUGGUGUCCUCAUUGACAUAAUGUGAUAGCUAUAGCGAAUAUGGACAGAUUCAGUAGGAAAGGCAGUUGAUGUCAUUUUCGUUGACUUUGGCAAUCACCCAGAGCAUUGUGACAUACUUGCGCUGGACGCUGUUUACAGGUGUCUCCUCUAACGCAAUUACCCAGAUCAAUGUGACAAAUUGGAACAGGACACCGUGAUACUGGUGUCCUUUGUAACAAAAUCCCACGUAUAAUUGUGACAGAGAUGGAUUUAGAGGACCAUUUUACUGGUGUCGUGUCAGGCUUCUAACAGCUGACACAGAAGCUAGACAAUUUCAAUGAUUUGUACUUCAGGACAGUGACAGGAAAUCAUGAUAGAGUGAACAUAUUAUUUAACCCCAAUUUUCUCAAUGGAAGUGACAUUAUAUAAUACAGCCACUCGCAUUUUUUCUAACUCGUAGAGUCAGCUUUUCAAAUUUAACUUUCAUUAGGAAGCAGAAACAUGGCAGCUUAUUAGUACAAUCAAGUUACAGCUGAGUUUCAACGAAGAUUUGGUUAUUCUGAAACUCCCUGGAUUCACACAAAGGAUACCAUUCUGGAUUCCUCACUGCACCACUGUCUUGCAAUUAACAUUUUAUCAUUUUUCACAAUGUAUGGACACAUUCUUUAUUAAUAUGUUAUGUGCUAUUUUAAUUAUAAAAAUGAAGGAAAAUGUCUAACAAGGAAGAUAUGUAUAUUCCUUGGAUUUAAUACCCAGUUCUCAUAUCUGGAGUGAAAUAAAGAGCAGCUAAUCAUCUGAUUAUACUGUCAUGGUCUUCUUAAUUUUUGUCAAGUAUAUAGACUUAUUUAAUGAUGGUGCCACAUCAAAAUCUUUUUUAUUGAUACUAGAACUGAUACAUGUCUUUGAUCUGGUUUUUAUCCAGGAUGUGAAGACAGUAUUGAAACCAUGGAUAAAUUAAGCACAAAUAAGGCUCAGCUUCACUUGAACUCAUGUGACCUGACCUGACCUGACCAUGACCUUGACCUUAACAUGACCUUGACCCAAUUAUGAUGAAGACUGUGCGAUUCAACAAGCUACUGACCAAAGAACUUUAAUGCAAAAAUUUAUUAAGUUUGACAUUAGAAAAGAGCUAAGAGAGAACAUGCAGCAUUUGGUCAUUUUCUAACAAGCUUAUAUGCAGCAUCACCCCCAAUAUAAGUGCAAUGGUUAUUAAGUCACUGUUAGCUUUAUAUGCUAUUUUAAUUCAUUUAAAUACACAAAGUCGAAGUAAAGUAUUGCUUACUUGUUACAAUGAUUUAUAUACUGCUAGUUGUGUUUGUAGACAUAUAGGCCAUUUUUUCUGCAGUCAUAAACUGGGGACUAAGUGACAUGGAAUUCUGGAUCUUCUUGAAGAUUGCUGGGGUUUUUAUGAAAGGCAAAUAAUGCAUUCUGGUAUUAAGUUUGUAUUUUGAUAAAUUUGAAACUAAAAUGGGAAAACUGGUGUUAUCUGUAAGUAAAUAUAAGGCUGUAGAAAUUGAUAACAAAGUUAUGCAGAGCCACAAACACGUGAUUUAUUAUUAUUAUUAUAAUUAUUAUUAUAAGCCAGAGCAGCUGUAUUUAUAUUUAGAACAAUAUUUAAGAAUAUCUGUACAAAAUGGAGCAGCCGUGAAUCUUUUAUAAUUCGUAUGUGUACUGUUAGGUAUUUGUAAAUUAUAUCCCUGAAUAAAAGAUGGGGAAAAUAUAAUGAAUGAAAAUUAAUUUAACAAAGGCUAAAAAAGGUCUGUAAUUCAAGUCUAAAAUAAAUGAUGCACAAGUGAUACAGUUAGUGUAUAAUUAGCAGUUCUUAUAAUAUGGUCAUUUGCACCUGAUCUACUGCGUCCUAGAUUUUUAUGCACAUUUAAGGCAAAGCUUCUUUGUCGCUAGACUUAAUUAUGUACAAAUUGAUGAUGUAAUUUAAAUUUAUGUGUAUUAAAAACAAACUUUUAUAAAGUCGCUGUGCGGUGCUUUAUGGUGAAAUGAACUUCAUCGUAUAACUUAUUUCUACGUGUUGUUAUAAAGUUGAAACCGACUUGUGCACAGUUUUUCUCUUAUUUUCCAUCUUUGAACAGUCGCACCCAAGAUCUGCGUCGGUGGUAUUAGGUCUGCGCCCGAAGCAAAAUAUUAGGCCUGCUGCAAACUCUCUUGCAAAUUUGCAACAACAUGAAUACUUUCUUGCAAACUUACUGCAAACUUCGUGCAAAUUAGCUACUAAUUUACUGCAAAUUUGUAAAAAAAAAA